AGGAAAAAGGUGUUCAACUCUCAAGUACAUAAAAUUUGUUAAAGUUGCUUUUUCUCUUUCGUUCUUUUCUCAUAUUAGUAAGCGAGUUAACAUGAUCCUAAGACCCAUUAAUUACUCAAUUAUAGAUUAUGGCCAACUUCAAUAAUGUUUAGCUGUAAAUUAAGGCCAACUUGUACUUUGUGUUUCAUUUCUUUAGGUCACUACAAGUAGGAUAAGACUCUUAACUGUCUUAUUUUGGAUUUUAGUGAAUUAAAUUUUUAGACCAAUCAUUAUUGAGAAGAAUCUUUCUUUCAAAUAGAAAUGCUAGGAAGAAGAACCUAUUGCACAUCCUUUCUUUUUUACUUUUAAAAUUUAUAUUUAUUGUUUUAAAUGGCUGAUAAAAAUUCAUACUUUAUAUGCUUUUCUUAACGGCUGUUCUUAGUAUUGUCUCCCUUACUUUUCCCUCCAUGCUCCCCGGUUUCGCUUCAGGUUGCUGCAUGUGUUUAACAGAGCUCAACGGUUGAUGGACUGCUACCCCAAGAGCAGUGACAAGAAAACAUUGAAGAGGUGGUUUUUUAUCGAUAAAAGAGUUGGGUGAAUUGCAAAAUCUGAUAAAAUAUUAUUUUAUUACAUCUGUUGCUGCGCUGUGUGCGAGUUGGCUUGCAAAACCUGGAUCCUAUGGACAUGAAUUCAAAUAACACUCCUGUUCUCACGGAUACCGCUUCGAUAACAAAUUCAAGGCUGCACGUGCGUUCCAGUUUGUUGCCUUAUUCCCAUACCGGUGCCACCUUUCCACACGGUAUGCUAUUGACUAUCCCAAGGAAGAUGACGGGAAUUCUCGAAGAUGUUCGUUCUUGUGGUUGGUUGGAUGCCAUGAAAUCGUCUUCACCUCCGCCGAGGAAUUUAACAAAGGAUGUUAAUCACGGGUCUGCAUCACCUGAAGCCGAUAAUACUUAUUUUAACUGGCUGCUAAAAUAUCCAUCGGCUCUAACAUCUUUUGAUCAAAUUACAAACUAUGCGAAAGGCAAAAGAAUUGCACUGUUUUUGGACUAUGACGGAACUCUUUCACCAAUUGUGGAUAAUCCUGACUGCGCUUUCAUGUCGGACAAUAUGCGUGCUGCUGUUAAAAAGGUGGCAGAGUAUUUUCCAACAGCAAUAAUUAGUGGAAGAAGUCGCGACAAGGUACAUGAAUUUGUAGGACUAACGGAACUCUACUAUGCCGGUAGCCAUGGAAUGGAUAUCAUUGGCCCUGUUAGACAAUCUGUAUCUGCAUCUCAUAACCACCCUAAUUGCAUCAUUAAGUCUACAGACAAGCAGGGGAAGAAGGUUAAUUUAUUCCAACCUGCUGCUGAAUUCCUGCCCAUGAUUAAUGAGGUACUUAAGUCUCUUAUUGAGUGUACAAAAGACAUCAAAGGAGCAAAAAUCGAGAACAAUAAAUUUUGUGUAUCUGUACAUUACCGCAAUGUAGAUGAGAAGAGUUGGGAUUUGGUGGGGCAACGAGUUAAUGAUGUUCUUAAGAGUUUUCCACGUUUGCGGUUAACUCAUGGUCGCAAGGUUUUAGAGGUCCGACCCGUUAUUAACUGGGAUAAGGGAAAAGCUGUCACAUUUUUACUUGAGUCACUUGGACUUAACAAUUGUGAUGAUGUGCUUCCUAUAUAUAUUGGCGAUGAUCGAACGGAUGAAGAUGCAUUUAAGGUUUUGAGAGAGGGAAGUAAAGGUUAUGGGAUUUUAGUGUCUUCAGCACCAAAGGAAAGCAAUGCAAUUUACUCUCUUCGUGAUCCGUUGGAGGUCAUGGAAUUUCUUAAGUCACUUGUGGUAUGGAAGUCAAAUCCCUUAAAAAGCCAUAUAUAGUGUAUAGAGGAGAAUAUACUCACCUAUAACUAUAUAAUAAUAAUAAUAAUAAUAAUAUACAAUUAGUUUUUUGGAUUUUCGUUUUUUGAGAAACAUGUCACAAGGUUUCCUGCGCAUAUUUACGCACAGAAAACCUUUUGUGGUAGCAACAUCACUGUUGCUAUCUACUAGUUUUGCUCAAAGCUCUAGUGAUAAUUGUAAAUUCGAGGCCUAUAAUAAUUAUUAUAUUAUAUAUAUAAAUCUCAAAGAAUUAAAAAAUAUAUGUUGAUUUUUUCUUCUUCUUGACUUCUGUUCUAAAAAUGUAUUGAUGUGUAAUUCUUCUUCAA